UGGCGGAACUAUCAUUCAGGAUGCUGAUUGGUUCAAACGGCCGAGGAGAGCUUAUCUGCCUUCCCCGUUUUACGGGGAAGCAUCCGAUUAUAAAGGCGGUAGGGCAGAGCUGCGGUUGACCUCGGGCCUGGGGUAACCAAAUCGCAACUGACUUUCCCUUGGAAUAGCGCGACCCUUCUUAUACCUCGCGUUCGCCACGUUACACUGCAUCAUUGGCCUGCGUCUUCUUUCACCUCCUUUUUCUCUUUCAAUACUCGCCCUCAUCCCCCUUCUUGUCUACUCAUUUCCAUCAUGGCCGCCCGUCGGUCUUUGGCUCGAACCAUCCCCGCUCUCCGCUCCGUUCCCCGCACGCCUCUUGUCGCCAGGGCUGUCUCCAGUGCCCGGUCUUUGACCACCGUUACCACUCCAAUUGCCCAUAUAUCCUCUCAACAGUCUGUUUCUACUCCCGGAGCCAUGUCUGCUGCUCGCCGGUUGCACGCUACUGCGAAGCAGUUCACCCCCGCUACCACCUCGGCCGCUAGCACUGCUACCGAGUACCCGACGGAUCACCAGCCGAUUGCCAACCCUAUCGACACCACCAACUUCAUUGACAACGAGUUUGUCACUUCCAAGGCUACCACUUGGAUUGACCUCCACGAUCCAGCCACUAACAACCUCGUGACCCGUGUGCCCCAGAGCACCGAUGAAGAGCUCAAGGCUGCCGUCCAGUCGGCCGAGAAGGCUUUCCCCGCCUGGCGCGCAACCAGCAUCAUGGCCAAGCAGCAGAUUCUCUUCAAGUUCACCAACUUGAUCCGUGAGCACUGGGACCGACUGGCUGCUUCCAUCACUCUGGAGCAGGGCAAGACCUUUGCCGAUGCCAGGGGUGAUGUUCUCCGCGGUCUGCAGGUCGCUGAGACCGCCUGCGGUAUCACUUCUCAGAUGACCGGUGAGGUGCUCGAGGUGGCCAAGGAUAUGGAGACCCGCAGCUAUCGCGAGCCUCUGGGUGUCGUGGCUGCUAUCUGCCCCUUCAACUUCCCCGCAAUGAUUCCCUUGUGGUGCAUCCCUAUCGCCACCGUUACCGGUAACUGCUUGGUGAUGAAGCCUUCCGAGCGUGACCCCGGUGCCGCUAUGAUUCUGGCCGAGCUGGCCCGGGAAGCGGGUUUCCCUCCCGGUGUCAUCAACAUCGUCCAUGGUGCUGCCCGCACUGUCGACUUUAUCAUCGAUGAGCCCGCUAUCAAGGCUAUCAGCUUCGUCGGCAGCAACCGCGCGGGCGAGUACAUCUUCACCCGUGGUUCCGCCAACGGUAAGCGCGUCCAGGCCAACUUGGGUGCCAAGAACCACGCCGCCGUCCUGCCUGACUGCAACAAGAACCACGCUCUUAACGCCAUUGUUGGUGCUGCCUUUGGUGCUGCUGGUCAGCGCUGCAUGGCUCUGAGCACUGCUGUCAUGGUUGGCGAGACUAAGGAGUGGCUCCCCGAGAUCGCUGAGCGUGCUAAGGCUCUCAAGGUGGAUGGAGGCUUUGAGGAGGGUGCCGAUCUCGGUCCCGUCAUUAGCCCCGAGAGCAAGAAGCGUAUUGAGGAUCUUAUUGCCAGUGCUGAGGCUGAGGGUGCCACCAUCUUGCUUGACGGCCGUAACUACAAGCCCGAGAAGUACCCCAACGGCAACUUUGUCGGCCCUACCAUCAUCACAAACGUCACCACCGACAUGAAGUGUUAUAAGGAAGAGAUCUUCGGACCCGUUUUGGUCUGCCUGAACGUUGAAACUCUCGACGACGCCAUCAACACGAUCAACGCCAACGAGUACGGCAACGGCGCCGCCAUCUUCACCCGCUCCGGCUCCACCGCCUCCCGCUUCCAGAAGGACAUCGAGGCCGGCCAGCUGGGCAUUAACGUUCCCAUCCCCGUGCCACUGCCCAUGUUCUCCUUCACCGGUAACAAGAAGAGUAUCGCCGGUGGCGGUGCUAACACCUUCUACGGCAAGCCCGGUCUGCAAUUCUAUACCCAGCAGAAGACGGUGACUAGCUUGUGGAAGGCCGAGGAUGCGGUUAGCACCAAGGCUAGUGUUGUCAUGCCUACGCACUCGUAAUCCGUGACUUUGACAAUUUUAUAAGGAGCCACUCUCUGGCAUGUACUAUACCUAAAGGAGGCCUAUGGUAAUCUAGAAGGGGCUACGCAGGACUGUUCUAGCUUAGCAUAGUCCUAACUAGUUUAGUAGCGCGGGUUAAAAGCUCUAGUGUCCACGUUAGGCGGCGGCUAGCUAGGGUAGCAGAAGCUACGCUUUUCUAAAAUGAAUUCUAUCUCUCUCCCUCUUUGAAAUUCAGAUUCC